AUGUCUUCCACUGAGCCUCCCACUGACCAGAUCCUUGCUGAAGGUGAACCAAGUGUAAACGUUCCCAUAGGACCGGACGGUAAGCCACUCUCCAAGUCCGCCAUCAAGAAGCUCCAGAAGGAGAGGGAGAAAGCAGAGAAAGCCGCCAAACGCGCCGCCCUGGAAGCAGAGCAGAAGGCCGCCCGCGAAGCCGCAAACCUCGACCACGCAACUGGGAACUAUGGAACCAAGAAGAUGAUCCAAUCCACCGAGCGCUCAGGCACCAAGCGUAUCCAACUCUCCAAAUUGACUGCGGAGGAUGAUGGGACAGAAGUUGUCUUCCGUGCUAGACUCCAGAAUGCUAGAGCGCAGGGGGCAAAGAUGUGUUUUGUUGUUCUCCGUCAACAGAGUGACUCGAUCCAAGCCGUUCUCACCGUCAAUACCGAAGGCACCGUAUCGAAGCAGAUGGUCAAGUGGGCCUCUGGUGUCAAUCUUGAGAGUGUUGUUCUGGUUCAUGGAAAAAUCGCAAAGACUCCUGAGCCCGUCACUUCUGCCAGUCUGUCCGACGUGGAGGUGCAAAUCACAAAGUUUUUCGUCCUCGCCGAGGCAGAGCCCAUGCUACCCAUCCAGUUCGACGAUGCUAGCAGAAGCCUCAAGGAGGUUGAAGCGGGCGCUGCCACUGUUUCACUCGCUACCAGGUUGGACAACAGGGUCAUCGAUCUGAGAAUUCUAAGCAAUCAAGCCAUCUUCAACAUCUCUUCGGCUGUCUGCACCCUCUUCAAGGAAUACCUACUCAAGCACAACUUUGUCGAGGUUCACACGCCCAAAUUAAUCGCGGCUGCUAGUGAGGGCGGCUCCAACGUGUUCAAAGUUCACUACUUCAAUAGGGAUGCCUAUCUUGCCCAGAGCCCGCAGCUAUACAAGCAGAUGCUUAUCGCCGCCGACUUUGAGCGUGUGUUUGAGAUAGCUCCCGUCUUCCGAGCUGAAAAUUCCCAGACACAUAGACACAUGACUGAGUUUACCGGAUUGGAUCUAGAAAUGGCGUUUGAGGAGCAUUACCAUGAGGUGGUCGAGGUGCUCGAAGGACUAUUCGUCUACAUCUUUGCAGGCUUGCAGGAACGCUUUGCGAAGGAGAUAGCUAUCGUCCGAGCUCAAUACCCUGUCGAGGAGUUCAAGGUUCCAAAGGACGGGAAAGUUCUGCGCCUGACCUUCAAGCAAGGGAUAGCAAUGCUCCGCGAGGCGGGGCAUGAAGUUCCAGACCUAGAAGAUCUUAGCACGGAAAUGGAACGCACUCUCGGUAGACUGGUCGCAGAGAAGUAUGGCGAAGACUUUUACAUCCUGGACAAAUUCCCUCUAGCUGUUAGACCAUUCUAUACCAUGCCUGAUCCGGAAGACCCUCAAUACUCCAACUCCUACGACUUUUUCAUGCGAGGCGAAGAGAUCCUCUCUGGCGCGCAGAGGGUACACAACAGCCAGUUUCUUGCUGAGCGCAUGUCCUCCCUCGGCAUCGAUCCUGAGGCUCCUGGUCUGGAGGACUACGUCGGUGCGUUCAAGUACGGAGCCCCUCCUCAUGCGGGUGGUGGGAUCGGGCUCGAGAGGGUUGUCUUCUUGUGGUUGGGCCUUGGGAAUAUCAGACGCGCGAGUGCAUUCCCUAGAGACCCGGUGCGUUUGAGACCUUAAGUUGGGAUAUCAUCGCCACUAUCGCCUUUUUUUCUUCUUCAUUUGAUCUUGUCACAGAGCAUGACUCAACUUUCAGUUAGGUAGUGAUAAAAAAGAUGUUACUAUAAGUUAGAUUUCGAUAAAACACUACUAGAUUGUGUUGACAAUGGGACUUUUGUCUAAAAUUU